CACACACACAUCGGGUCAUAAUCAGAUCGGCCAAAAGAUGAACAAAAAAAGAGUACCCCCACCGCCUCCUGCCCUUCCGUCAUGUCCUCCUCCUUCCCUUCAUUCAACUCCUCCAGCUUCUCAUACUUUUAUGAAUGAACUUCUGACACAACUGAGUUCUAAAGUAAAAUGUCCUUUGUCUCAUCUAACUCACCCUCACAUCCUUCGUAGUAAACCAAAUGGAAAUACAAAGUCUGAUUGUUUUUCAUGCGGUCUACAGACAUCUUUUGUCAGUGGUAGUGUGCUCCAUUAUUACUGCACCACCUGCGAUGUUGAGUUCCACCUUGGUUGUCACAAGUUUCCAAGGAAGCUAGGACAUCCUUAUCACCCACAACACCCUCUUACUUUCACUUAUCGGGACUCUCAAAGUGGUAUCAUCUCUGAAGGCAAUAUCGAUGAAUCCUUCUGCCGUGAAAUUUUGUCUGAUUCCAGCACAUCCGACCCUGAGAAGCUUCUUAGCUGGUCUCAAUCUGAUCUAGUAGUGGAUAAGUGUACAUGGUGUGCAAACGCUAUAGAAGGCAAUUGGUUCUAUCGAUGUUCUAUAUGUAACUUUUCCUUGGAUCUCUCUUGCUUCAGAAAUUUUCCACUUCAAACCAUAAAUAAACCAAAGAGUCAUCAUCAUCCACUUGUCUUUUACCCUCGACCGCUCUUAACACCAUGUGAUGCUUGUGGGUUGGUCAACGUGUUGAAUCCAAGCUAUGCUUGUUUUCAAUGUAAUUACAUGGUUCAUCAAAGUUGCAUCGACUUACCACGAGUCAUCAAGAUCACGCGUCACCAGCAUCGUCUUUCUCAUACUCCUUACAUUGAAGCUGUAACUUCACCCUGCCGGAUCUGUUACAGGCCGGUUGACAUCAAGUAUGGCCAAUAUACUUGCAAUCAAGAAGAUUGCUCUUACGUAGCACAUUCAAAAUGUGCAACGCACGAGAACGUAUGGGAUGGGGAAGAACUAGAAUGGGAGCCAGAGAAAUAUGACAAGAGUGAAGAUAUCAACCCUUUCAUAAAGGUUGGUGCUAAUCUGAUAAAAUAUUUCUCUCAUGAACAUCUCAUGAAGCUAGAGAAGUACGAUGGUGUAAGAGAUGGAGAGAAGCAAUGUCAGGCGUGCGUUCUUCCUAUUGACUCACGUGAUUUCUACAACUGCGUCCAAUGUGAUUUUUUUCUCCAUGAGGUAUGUGCUGGCCUUCUUCGAAAAAUUGAUCAUGCAUUGCACGUCCACUCUCUAGUGCUAGACCCCUCUCGAUACUCUACUCAGAAAGAUUAUGGGUGGCUAACUGAAUGCUCAGUUUGUUCAAGAAAUUUUAGCGGUUUCAAGUACAAAUGCUCUGAAAAGAAUUGCGUGGCUCAAGAAAGAUUUCAAAUCGAUGUGCUUUGUACUUUGGUUCCAGAUUAUUUCACCCAUGAAAGUCACGACCAUCCACUAUUCAUCUCCACAUCCUACAAAGGUAAAAACAAGAUUUGGUGUGAGGGUUGUAAGGGGAUAUGCAUGCAGUCAUACCUACAGUGUAGCGUAUGCAAAUUUGCUUUGUGUUAUCAAUGCGCUACAAUUCCAAAUGAAAUUUGCUACAAAUACGACAAGCAUCCUCUCUCUCUUUGCUAUGGAGAAGAAGUACGGGAUGGUAUGUAUUAUUGGUGUGAAGUAUGUGAGAAAAAGGUAAACCCUACGGAUUGGUUCUACACAUGCAACGAAUGUUCUAUCACUAUCCAUGUUAAAUGCAUGUUUGGACCAACUAUCUAUUUGAUGCCUGGUUUCGUAUUCAAGGAUUUAUCAUCCACGGUUAAAGUUCUCCGCAACAGUAGUAGCACUCGACCGCUCUGUGAUAGUUGUGGCCACCGCUGUCCAAGUUCCGUCUACUACAGAAGCCACAACUUUACAAAAGUUUCAUGUUCACUGAAUUGUUUGGAGACAGUUUCUCUUUCUCUUGUAAGGCUCGGACAGCCACCUUCCUCGCCCAUACGCCUGCGUCACCAAAUCCAACUUUGAUACGCCACGUCACUCUAAAAAAAUGCUAACUAUUCAUGCAUCACGCGUGAGCUUUUUUUCCUCAUUU